CUUCAGUCAUUUCACAGUAAGCAACUGGAUGAAGAAGACAAAAAAUAUCUUCACUGGCCCUUUUAUUGGAGUGAGACAGCGAGACUCACUGGUGCCUGCCUGUGGGUAGCAGUAUCUCACCGUCUGGAUGAGAAAAGGUUUCCGUGUAAGGGAGCUCAGCUGAACACUGUGCUAGCCAAAGAAAUGUCCACACCGUGAAGAUAUCUGUUAAAUUACACUCACCAUCCUGUUAAUGGGAACCCAGAAUUCCUGCUGUACGAGAAUACUGAAGAAAUCUCCUCCAGGUUACCGAGCGUCAUGUCAGUAGGAUCACCCUCCUCGCCAGGUGGGCCCAAUGGUAUCAUUAGAAGCCAAUCUUUUGCCGGCUUCAGCACACAGCUGGAAAGAAGAUCUAGGUCUCAGUCCUUCAUUGGAAGUAACGGAGCCCUCAAAAAACCACAAGGAAAACUAAAGAAAAUGAAUGCUUCAUCCUAUAAGAACAAUUGCACACCCAAAGACGUGCAGCCAAAGCGAAUGGAGGAAGUCUACGAGGCCCUGAAGAAAGGAUUAAUUGAAUACCUGGAGAUGCACCAAACAGAGCUGGAGAAACUAACUACCCAGCUGAAAGACAUGAAGCGCAAUUCCAGACUGGGUGUCUUGUAUGAUUUGGAUAAGCAAAUCAAAGCAAUAGAGCGAUAUGUCAGAAGGCUGGAGUUCCACAUCAGUAAGGUAGAUGAAUUGUACGAGACAUUUUGCAUCCAGAAAAGGCUUCGAGAUGGAGCUUCCAAAAUGAAACAGGCCUUUGCAAUGUCGCCUUCCACUAAAGGUGCUCGGGAAAGCCUAGCAGAAAUAAACAGAAGCUACAAAGAAAACACAGAGGCAUUGUGCUCACUGGAGGGAGAGAUUGGAAACCUGCUGGGAGAAUUUCACAUUAAGAUGAAAGGUUUAGCCGGUUUUGCACGCCUUUGUCCAGGAGAUCAAUAUGAGAUCUUUAUGCGAUUUGGCCGUCAAAGGUGGAAAUUAAAAGGCAAAAUAGAAGCAAAUGACCGACAGAGCUGGGACGGAGAGGAGAUGGUUUUCGUACCUCUGAUUAAUGAAUUCUUCUCAAUUAAGGUGUCAGAGUUGAAGGGACUGACUACUCAUCUCUUGGUUGGCAGCGUAACAUGUGAAACUAAGGACUUGUUCACAGCCAGACCUCAAAUGGUUGCGGUUGACAUCAAUGACCUUGGAACUGUUAAACUAAAUCUUGAGGUCAUCUGGUAUCCAUUUGACAAGGAAGACCUGACUCCAUCCACAGGCAAUCUGAACAAAGCCACCUGUGUACAAAGACGAUGUUCCAUAUACAGCCAAAGCACCCCAGAAACACCCACCUUUGAAGACUUCUCCUUCUUUAAAUGCCUGCAGCCAUCACCAGACAGACUACGGCUGUCAUUCAUAGAUGCUCUUCGGGACACGUUCUUUGACAAACUGCGACGGAGUCGCUCAUUCAGUGACCUGCCAUCUCUUAGGCUGCAGCCUAGGGAAAGGCUGGAGCUCUAUUCUUCACAGCUUGAGGAUGACAUCUUUGAUAAUGAGAACUUAACCAGUGAGAAGUCCAUUUCACUCAGCCAUGGUAACCUUGCAAAUGGCACAUGCAUUACCCUGCCCAGUUUGACACCCACUAGCCGAGUCUACUCCAAUCCUGAAAUCACUGUGACUCCACCUGAUACUCAAGAUGAAGACUCUGAAUCUCAGAUUUCAGCUACUGAGGCAAAUGAUGUCUCAACAUCAGCAAACAAAACAGAGCGAACUGGUGUUCCAAAUUCACCUGAAUCUGACCAGGAAGAAGAGAUAUCAGAUAUUGGAGACCUGUCACCCAUGCAAAUAGAAUGCCACCAACAAGAAUCAGGCCAAGAAAAUGAUAUAUUUUCAGAAUCCAAUGACACAGUGGGAAUCCUUCAAGAUUCAGAUGAGAUGUCUGACCUAAAACCUGUUGAAUUGGAUGCUUAUGAAGGCAAUCUAACCAAGCAACUGGUGAAGAGAUUGACCUCAACAGAAAUGUUGCCGACCCCAAAUGGACAGGAAUUUGAUGCUUUUCUAUCCAAUGAUUAUAGAGGAACCAGGUCAACCUCAGGGGUGAGCCUGGAGGAAGCUCUGCAGGGUCUCCUUCUAUCAUUGGAGCCACACAAAGAGCAAUAUAAAGAACUUCAAGAGUUGGACCAAGAAGCCAUGCGACUUGAGGACCUGUUAAAGUGCAAACCAAAUACAAACAGAAGCAGAUCAUCCAGUUUCAGUCUCACUGUGGAAAGUGCUUUAGAAAGCUUUGAUUUCCUAAACACUUCAGACUUUGAUGAGGAUGAUGGUGGUGAUAAUGAUGCUGACUCCGAAUGCUCUGAUGUCGAGGCUCAGAAAAACAUUUGCUCAGAACACCCAGAUGCCAGAGGUCACCUCAGUGAGGCAUUAACAGAAGACACAGGAGUUGGCACUAGUGUUGCUGGAAGUCCUCUCCCACUCACCACGGGAAACGAAAAUAUCGACCUCACCAUCGUCAAACACUUAGAGCAUUCUGAACAGCUCAUCCAGCAACUUUUGUCAUUUGAAGAAUGGCCGGUCAUUCGGGACAGCCUCCUGGAUAAGAUUUCCCAGCAAACCCAUGUACUAGAAAGCCUGGCCGAGAUCAGCACAGAGAAACCAGGAAAUAUUAACCCUGCAUUAAAUAUGGUUCCACAGCUACGGGGAAACCAGGCUUUGCUCUCCAGCUGGCUAGAGAGUUCCAGCUCAGGAAAUGCAUUUUAUGCUCCGGUGGACAAACUGAUAAAACAAAUGAGUCUCCGCUUUGGCAAAAGUGUGAAUGAGAGGUGUCCAGGUCACUCCGAAGCAGUUUUUCAAACCCUCGUGAAUCAGAUGCUCGAUAAAUCAGAGUUGUUCACUGCCCCUGAUGCACAGGAAGUGAUAACCAUCUGCCAGUUUGCUAACUAUCUGACUAGUCACAACAUAUCUGACUUUGGAGAUCACCUGACACAGCUGGCAAAUGAAGUUGUGCUGCUGCAGACUAUUCCGUCUUUGCAGCCGGAAAAAACGUUACAAACACUGGAAGAGCAGCCAAUCCAUAAUCUUCAACCUUUAGAGGAGACGUUAAAGGCAAUAGCUUUCCUUCUAUUGGAAACUAACAGUAAUCUAGUGCAGGCUGCAACUUCCUUCCUUGCUACGGCUUCAACAAACAACAAUUUCAGAGAAAAGGCUUUGCUUUACUACACCAAGGCACUGACCCAACGCAAUAUAAAGAUCCAAACGGCAGCUUGCACAGCACUGAAAUGCAUCAAAGCUUGUGAAAGCAUUGACAUACUGGUGAGUCUGUGCCAAUCUGAGAGAGAACUUCUCCGGCAAGCCGCUGCUGAAUCACUUCUUUCACUUGGAGAAGAAGGUUGCUUGGCUUAUGAGCAGCUGGAUAAGGUCCCUCAGGAAAUGGUGCAACUUGCAGGAAGACGAGGAAAUGCGGUCAGUACUGCCUUCUAAAAGGGAACUUGCAAUGCAACUCAGUAUUACAGUCUGCCCACGUGAAUGGAAGCUGCACAAAUUCUGUGCUGAGGGUGAAAGAUGUGGCAUAGUGACAGAUCGAAGAGAAGCAGGACUGCUCACCAGAACAAUGCCUUUCACCAGGCAAAAGCUGCCUCCCACAACAAUACUCGAACCACAACGUGCAUAAUGACACCAUCCAAAGAGGAAGCGAAUGAAUCAGUGAAUCAUUUCAUUCAAAUGUUUUACCAAAGUUAUUCGAACUCCAUGGAUAUCACUUUAUUUUGUGUUAAAUUAUUUAGAAUUCAUUGAAAUGUUUAACUACUGAAUUAACUAUUUCUUAUCAUUCUUUUUGAGAUCACACUGGCAUUACUUUUUUUAAUUUGCACAUUUUUGACUUGGGUUAUCAGGGCACAUAAUGUAUAUAUUGCAUCUCUAGUUAAUGUAUUCUUAUUAGCUUUCUGGUGUCCCAUAGCCUUGAUUUGGCCGUAUGGAUGAAACAAAAGCCAAAUGGACUAGGGCCUAUAUGAAAGGAAGAGUGCAGUGUAGUUGGGAUUGGUCCUUUGAAGUUUGCAUCCAUAUCAGAUGCUGUGUUUCAGCCAUUAGGAUUUAGAAUCAAAAAAAUUCCACAGAAGAUGACAAUCAUCAUGUGAAUAAAGCAGGACCUGGGAUAUUGUAUGUGUAACAUGCUUAAAAUACCCUUCCUAUAAGGCAUGAUCUGGCCUCUAAAUAUGUUGCACAUGGAGCUCAACAUAUGUCGGAGACAACAGGUUUAGGAGUGUGAGACUGGGGAAUUAAUUUAUAAAAUAUUAUGAGGCAGAGUUUACCUGUGGAAUGUCAGAAUAGACAUAAACUGAGGACGACAAUGCCUACAAAAGAAUAGGUGCAGUUGUUAAAGGAUUUUCCUGGCUCAGAUACUCUAUUGUAUAAUUAAUUAAUUUGAUUCAAAUUCCAUUUCUUUGCCUUGUCUUUCGGAGGAAAAUGCAGCAAAUUCUUUGUUUACCUAAAUGUCAUUUUUAAAAUAAAAUUUCAAGUAUGUAUUUUGUCCUUAUUACACCUUUACAUAAUGAAUAUUAAACAUUCAUGUCAGAUGCUGACCUGAGGUAAAAAUGA